AUGUCAACAGGAGGAGAAACCAGCAAUACUAAGACCAUCAUCAACCUGACAGAGAGAGCACUGGAUGAGCCAACAAUCUCCGUGCUGUCGAAAGGCCUGAAGUUUGCUCUGACUCCAAGAAUGUUACCAAAACGUGACACCAUCAGCAAUGUAGAACAAGCCAUACGUAUACUCCCACUGAGAGCAGCUGAGGAAGCCAGGGGGGAGACCAGCAGGGUACUUGAAAAAACAACAAUGCCAAAGAACAACAUUAUGGCAGAAGAGCACAAGGCACAGUUGAACCUUCACAGUGACAAGGGUAUAGUGGUCUUAGCAGCAGACAAAGGGAAUGUGACUGUCCUACUGAAGUCAGAAGAUUACUGGCAGAAGAUCGACUUCUUACUACCAGAUCCAGCAUACAAAGAAGUGGGGAAAGACACAACUGCUUCUGUUAUGCACAAGACCAUCAAUCUUCUCAACAGCUCAGUACUUGACAGAAACACCAUCAGGAAGCUUUACCCUCGGGCACCAGCUCCACCGUGA